AUGACAGGAGAGACUGCAAAGCAAGAAUGGAGGAAGAAGGUUCCUGUUAUUGGCGAGAUUCAGACGGAUAAUUUAGACAGAGGAAAGGAAAUACAGACAGAGCCUGCAGCAGUACUAGAAGCUGUGGAUGGUGUUGCACCUGCAGCAAGUGUGGUUGAUAAAGGUAAGGCAGUGCUGAUUGAGGAACCAGUGGGUGCUAUUCAGAAUGCAGAUGCUAAUACUCCACCGCCACAGGGAGGUUUGGUUGAUGCAGAUGGCUUUACACUGGUGGUCAAUAAGAAGAAUAAGGUCUGGGUUGGUUCAGGGUCUACUUCUCAAGGGCCACGCAAUCUAUCGAGCAAGCUGGCUGCGGGUCAGGCUAAUGGGAAAACUGUGAGGGUUGCUGUUCAGCCUCUUCCUCCCUCCCCUCCAAAAGGGAGAGGUAGAGGAAAGAAGCGCAAAUGA